ACAUCCACCCUGGUGUAACCCAGGGGAAGCCCAGUAGCAGUAAUAGUCCCUGUACCGGUUGGAGAAGGAAAAGAAAACCAACAACAGUCCCUGGGUUUCAGAGGAGGAGAGGCAAGGUUCCUAGUAUGAUGGAACAAAAGAAGCAACAGCUCUUAAAUCUUCAGAGUCUGCAGAAAGUCCAGAAUUCUCCAGGAGGCCACUCAGGAUACCCUGGCCUGAAGAAAGAGGUGAAAAAAGAAGAGGAGCCAUGUGAACGGAUUCAUCAGGUUUCUAAGAUAAAUGACACCUCUCCAACUGCUAAUUCAGGGUUUCCUUAUGUGACAGUGAAGAUGGAAGAAGGUGAACCCGAGGUCCCUGCACAGGAGAUCAAGACAGUUGGAGCUUCCUGCCCUGGGCAAACUCUCACUUCCUCUUUGCUUCACACACCACAAGGAGGUUUCAAGAUGAAUUCUGUGGAAGCUCUUCAGAAAAAUCCUUUCUGGAGAUUAUCUUUAGCUGACCAGUUACAAGUCAUAGAGAUGGGACCGGAGAGGCCUCCUCUAAUGCUCCAACAGUCUGGUUGUGACAGAGGAAAAGAAUACACCCGGAGGUUCAGCACAAAAUGGUACGAUAGAAAGGAGUGGCUGUGUGGAAGUGCUACUAAAGAUGCCCUCUUCUGUUUUCCCUGUUUGCUCUCUGUGGGUGGUACAACAUGGACAGAGACUGGAGUCAGGGACUUAAAGCAUCUGGCUGACAAGAUCAAGAAGCACGAAGAAUCCAAGAGCCACAUGGACAAUUGCAUGAAGCUAGCAGCAUUAAGUAAAAACAGUGUAAUUCAGUUGGGUGAAGAGGACCUUGCAUCUAUCAAAAAGCACAACCAAGAAGUGGAAAAAAACAGAUACAGGCUUUGGGUCAUCAUUGAAAGUAUAUCAAACAUCAUUGAUAGUAUACCAUUCUGUGAUGCUUUUGAACUGGGGCUUUCGGAUCUGGAUGAGAUGGAGGAUUCGGUAAACCUGAACAUGUUCAGUGGCCAGUUGAACCCUGUGGCACCCAUUGACUUGGCCAUGGAACUUCACAUGCAGAGUUCCCCUGUGUUGAGAGAUCUGUCAAAGAUGGUUCAGAAUGAAAUACUUGAUUGUAUGUCGAGGGUGGUAAAGGAUUUCAUCAAACAGCAGGUCAAAAGUGCCCAUUUUGUGGCUGUUGAAGUUGACCAUGUAAGUGUGUCCAGCCACCCCCAGACUGUAGUGACUUUCCGAUACAUUGAUGAGCACUGCUCACUGGUAGAAUGCUUUUAUGCAGUGGCAGAGCUGGAAGACCAUCGGGGUGAAACAAUUGCUACUUUUUUGCUUCAGCAGCUGGAGGAUGUGUUUCCAGAGGCAGCUGACAAGCAGAAACUUAUUGCACAAAGCUACGAUGGGCUAAGUAUGACACAUGAUGACAACACAGGGGUACAGAACAGAAUUCAGGACAUAUUUCCUAAUGCCAAAUAUGUUCACUCCUGUGCCCAUCAGCUAAACAUGGUGAUGCAGCAAGUCACAUCCCAGAUUCAGGAAGUGAGAGGGUUCUUUGCAAAUCUUUCUAGGAUACAAGAGUUCUUUGCCUGCAACACAAAAAGGAAGGAAGUUUUGGAGGCAGUUCUAGGAAGACAUCUUCCCAGAUCAUCUCAGACAAACUGGAACCUUAAUGUCCAAACAGUGAACUAUGUGUUUGAGAAGAGACUGAAAUUGAUUGAAUGUUUUCAAGAAAUCAAAAGAACUUGUGAUGACCUGUCAGUCCAGAUGGCCAGCCAGUUUAUUCAGUUGCUGGAAAAAGAUGGUGAAUUCCUAUACUUAUUGUCCCUGUUUCACAGAAUAAUGCCUCAAGUGGAUGCUUUCCACAGGCAGCUCUGGGGUACAGCAAUGAACUCCAUAGCAGUCAGGAAAGCCGCCUCAGACUUUGUAAGUGCCAUCAGUUCUGUCAGAGAUUCCAUUGGAAGCUUGUACUGUGAGGUCCCGCCAGAAUCCAUGCUGGCCAGAGGCAAAACAAAGGUGAUUCUGGACCAUAUAGCAUCAGAAGCCUGCAAUAUUAUCAUUGCACAUGCCAAAGAACGUUUUGCAUUCACCAGUCACUUAGUGAGUGCAACACUAGUCCAGGGGACUUUGUUUCGGGCACAUAACCGGACAUUUCCACAAGAGGCAUUGGAUCAAACUGUAAAGGCCUACCCAAUGCUGGAGAAAGAGAGACUGAAAACAGAGCUUUGUGUCUUGUACAAGAUGAAAGAACUCUACAGUUGCACAAGUGUUUCAGCACUUAUGUGUGUACUUGUGGAUACCCCUUUAGAGCAAACGCUGGCAUUGCUGAGAAUUGUGAUCACCACUCCAAAAUUGGUUGCAGAGGAAGAAGAGACACCUUCAGCUCUGAAGCGGGUAAAGGCUCUCCUACGAAACACCACAUCCAAGGACAGGCUCAGUGCUUUGGCCACCCUGUUCAUUGAGAAAGAGAUGAUUAAAAGCAUCCCAGACUUCAAUAACAAAACAAUUGAACUGUUUGCAAGGCAGGCAGAACACCAGGAUGAUUUCUUGUACAAAUAGUGCGGAGGGCCAAUUUCCCAAAAACUGAUUUUCAGAACUGAAUUUGUAAAAUGUAUCUCUAUCUCUAUCUAUCUAUCUGUAUAGAAUCAUAGAGUUGGAAGAGACCACAAGGGCCAUCCAGUCCAACCUGCUGCCAUGAAGGAAGUCACAAUCAAAGCAUCCCCGACA